ACGCGGCUGGUUGUCCUCGGAUGAAAGCGAAGAAUCCUCAAACUCUGAAUCAAAAAACACCCAAAGACUCGACUCGUUUUUCGUGAGUGUCGCGUGUGCUGAGCAUAGAAACUGACAUAGAAAAAUAGAGUGCUGCCAAGUGUAUAAGAUGCUGGAGUUCUACCCAAUGCCCACGAAUCUGAAUCCAGUCGGUGGCGGCUUGUACUCGCUCCAGCAGAACCAUGGCGGUGCCCGUUUCCUGGACAAUCCCAGCCACGCUGGCGGUGGCAAUACCUUGCACCUGGCCAAUAGCAAUAGCAAUGGCAACAGCAAUUUACCCACGAGCAUUUCCGGCAACAACAGUCCCACAAUGGCAACGGCUUCAUUAACGGGGCAGCUACAUCACACAGCUUCGACCACGCCAGUGCCAAUUAACAGCUGCCCCACGCCCACAGGACACAGUCCAGGACACAGCCCCCUCAGCAGCAACAACAAUAACAACAACAACAGCAACCUCAACUCCGCCUGCAACUCAUUAACAGCUGCUGCUGUUGCUGCUGCUGCUGCGGCCGCUGCUGCUGCUGCUGCUGGCUCUGGGGCAGCUGCUGGCUCAGUUGGGGCAGCUCCAUCGUCGGCAACAGCUCCCUCAGUCGCCACCUCGCAAUUAGGCGGAGCAGUUGCGGCCACACCGGCUCCAGUGGCAACAGGAAGCGGAAAUGGCAAUGGAAAUGGAAAUGGAGGCAGAAACGGAUGCGGAGCUGCUGCAGCAACGGCCAACGCAGCAGCAGCAUCGAAAUUGUCUGCCGAUUGCAGUGGACGCACAGAAGUGGGCCACAUCAAGUGCGAGAAAAACUUCGAGCUGUGCGAAGGCUGCGGCCAGAAGAUCCACGACCGCUUCCUGAUGAACGUGGGCGAGGCCAACUGGCAUGAGCAGUGCCUGGCCUGCUGCUACUGCGGCAUGCAGCUCCACCACACCUGCUAUGUGCGCAACUCGAAGCUCUACUGCAAGAUGGACUACGAUCGGCUGUUUGGCGUCAAGUGCGCCUCCUGCUGCCACGCCAUCCUGCCCCAGGAGCUGGUGAUGCGUCCGAUUCCCAACUUUGUCUUCCACCUGCCCUGCUUCGUGUGUUAUGCCUGCCGCCUGCCUCUGCAGAAGGGCGAGCAGUUCCUGCUGCGUGACGGCCAGCUCUUCUGCUAUCGCCAUGACCUCGAGAAGGAGAUGUUCCUGGCGGCGGCAGCGGCCCAGCACUGCGGCUUUGUUGGCCUGGACGAGGAGGAUCUGCUGAGGCCUCGCGAUGGACGGCGGGGUCCCAAGCGGCCGCGCACUAUCCUCACCUCGCAGCAGCGCAAACAGUUCAAGGCCUCCUUUGACCAGUCGCCCAAGCCCUGCCGCAAGGUGCGCGAGGCUCUGGCCAAGGACACGGGGCUGUCGGUGCGCGUGGUGCAGGUGUGGUUCCAAAAUCAACGGGCCAAGAUGAAGAAGAUCCAGCGCAAGGCCAAGCAGAAUGGUGGCUCCUCCGGCGGCGGCUCUGGCGGCCGUGGCACUGGCAACUCCAGUGCCACCGAUGACAAGGAAUCAACCGACAAGGAGGACAAGUGCGUCAAACAGGAACUGGGCGGCGACAGCUCGGGAUAUUUGGGGGGAUUGGACAGCAACUUUGCCAGCCAGCCGCUAAAUCCCAACUUGCCCUUCUCACCGGAUGAUUAUCCGGCCAACUCGAACGAUAGCUUCUGCAGCUCAGAUCUCUCGCUGGACGGGAGCAACUUUGACCAGCUGGACGAUGACGCGGACUCGCUGUCGCUGAACAACCUGGAGCUGCAGUCCACCAGCUCCUCCGGCAACCAGCACUCGCACUCGCACUCGAAUCCCCACGACAUGCUGGCCAACCUGAACAACAGCCUGAUCAAUCCCAUCGACAAGCUGUAUCUCAUGCAGAACUCGUACUUCAGCUCGGAGCACUAGGCGUGGCGCUGGGCGGGAUUGGAGCAGACUUGGGUCGAGGAGUAGCGACGAAUUUAUUAGCGUUAGAGAAGCAGGCUCCGAUCGGCAGCUGUCACUUUACGUAGCUCAGCGGCGGCGUGUCAUUAAGUUGGAUACACAAGAUAGAAGAUAUAAGAUACAAGAUACAAGAUACAUGAAAUGUGAUUUUUUUAAGCUAAUUGAAAUUUUAAGAUUCUUGGCAAUUUGAGGGCGUGGCAAAACAUUUUGUUGUUAGUCUAGACUCUAGAGAGGCAGAGAGCGUAGAAUGACCAGUAACGCAGUCAAUGUGCCCCUUUUGUUUGUAAAUAGUUUUAAUCCCCGAGAAAAUUGUUAUUAAAUGUAAUUUAAAGUCAAUAAUUGUAUUAGCAAGUGCAAUUUAAUCUGUUCCCCCAAAAAUAUACAUCUUAACCGAA